GGGGACUUGUCUAAAUGUAAACAAAGAAGAGGCGAGCAAGAGGCCGGUGUGAUAAAGCAGGCCUAUUACAAAAUGGAGAAUGAAAACCCCAUAAAGACACCUGUUGAGGAGACAGAAGGUGGCUGGUUGCAUCAGUUGGUUGUAUACGCUGCCAGGAACCCUUGGGAGUUUUGUUGGUACCUCCUACUUGCUCUUUCUCCACUGUUCUGUAUCUCGGCCGUCCUCUCAUGGAAACUGGCAAAGGCAUUGGAAGCACAGGAGAAGGAAAAGAAUCGAAAGGACAAGAAAAAAGCCAACUUGAUGAAAGUUAAACGAGGAAAAGCUAACUGAUGUUUAGCCAGUCAGUGGAUCUGCCAUUGCAUUGCCCAUUGGCACUCACAAAGCUCCUUCCAGCUGUGAUCUGUCGGCCAAGUAUUUUGUGGCUUAUGUAGAAUAUUGUGGUACCCCUUGAGAGUGCCCUUCAGAGCUGUAUCUGAUAUCUCACGCUUGGGAAAAUUGGUAGAAGUGACACACAUUAGCCUUUCAUUCAUCAUAUCCCCUCCUCCUCCUACUCCCCUCCUUUUACAUUUCUAAACCCCAGCCUUCCCUCUACUGAUAUGCUGCAAAUCCCGACCAACAUGUUUUAUAUCUUGGGCUUUCGACACAGAUGCAUCUGCCACAAAAAAGGCCUCAUAUUGUGUCACAUUUCUGGAAGUGUCUCCUUUUUAUAAAUAACUUUGUAUGGUUUAUGAGGGUGAUGAGUUUUGGUUGAGACUAUGUGGGACUUGAUUUUAAAAAAUAAGUAAAAGUAAGUAGAUAAACAACAAUAAUAACAACAAUAAAAAAGACCUUCAUCACUUCAAGUUGAAGAUGCACUGUGCCGAUCAAUACCUAUUGGUAAAUUCCAUGUAGUUUAUCCUCUAAUGAAUUGCCAUCUGUAAAUUGAUAUUUCCUAUAGUUAUAUCCUAAUGAGAAUGACUGUCAAAUGGUUAGUUUUAAGUCAAGUAUGUUGUUAUGUUGGAAUCAAUGUGGAUGUUGUGAAAGACAAUGUGCUGCUUUUCUUGGUAUGAUGUAUAUUGAUUAUUUGAUUUAUCUUAUUCCAUGAUGUUCGUUACUUUAGGUUAGAAGCAGUGAUUUGAUAAGAUUGUAUUAUUAUAUGCAGAUAUGAUUAGUUGAGUUUGAUGUGGUACAAGUAUUAGUAAUUGUAAUGCAGAGAUUACUUUAUUAUGUGUGCUUUUAGAAUAUAAAGAAAGUUGAUUGUUAGUUGUCCAUGCUUCUCUUUUAUUUUAUACAAAAAAUCCUCUGCAUUUUGUAUACCAUUAUUUUGUUAUAUAAUUAUGUUACUUUCAAGAGAUUUCAGUUUUUUAUCACAAUGGGAGCACAAAAAAGUUUUAAGUAUUAAUGUAAAUUAUUUUUAUGAACUCUCAGCUAUGGUUUGUAUUUGUCAUUGUGGCUGUAGUGUUAUAAUAGUCUUUAUGAGAAUGUGAAAAUUUGGUGUAGUGUCUUUUAUCUAUUUUUCACAGUUCAUCAUUUAAGGGUUUUUUUCCAUUUAAACUCUUGAAAAUACAAAAUGUUAAGUGUUUAAUUUGGUCUCUUUGGUAGGCUUAUGCUGUUUGUCUGUUUUCUAAAUUGCAUUUCCAUUAGUGUUAUUUGAUUUCAGGAAGACAAUAUUUCACUGGAUGCAUUUAUAUUAUUGAAAUGUGCAAUUUCUUGAAGAAUUUUCUUGGUUAAUUCCUUGCAUUGUUUCACAAAGAGAUACAAGGGAUGAUUGGUGCCAGACACAGCUAAAAAUUGGUUCUUGCUUUAAAAAAUUCUCAAUGCUCUACGUCUGAUUUGUGCUGCACUGUCAUUUGUACCUAUUCUGCUUUAGUGUACACAGGCUACUCAGUGGACAUCCAUUCUGAGUGUUCAGGUAUUUUUGAACAGUUUAUAGCGAUUAUGUAAGUAGGAUGUAUGCUUAAACCUAUGGUGGAUGUUAUGUCCUUCACUUUCAUUACAUCUCUGAAGUUUUUACAAUACUUUACUAUAGUGCUAUAUGACCUUUAAUGUCUAGCACACUUAUUUGUUUAAACCAUUAAGCAUUACCCACUGAAGUGUUUUAAAUUGUAAUAGAUGAAUUCUUUUGGAAGUAGAAAAAUCAUCAAAUAGAGGAUUAGAUUCCAUGAUUUAAAGUUAGAUGUUCAUAAUGAUAAUGGUGCACUAUAGAGUUAAAGCUUUCUCUUCAAUGCAUUUGCUUGAGCUUAUGUUAUGUACCUUUCUGUUAUGUCAUUCCAGUGCCCAUAAGUAUUCACUCUCUGCGGUGGAACUUGUUUUAUUUUUGCUGAAAUAACAGUCAUAAGCAUAUAGAAUAUGUGAGGGUCCUUCUCAUCAUUUCAAACAGUAUGGAAAGUUGCUUGGUAUAAGCUUUUGACAUGGUAUUGUCAGCAGCUGUACUUGGUUGUUUUGAUGUAUCUGUACAUUAAAUGUAUUGAUGUUGGUCUGCAACUUCUUGCCAUUUCAUACUCUUGUAUUCCAUUCCACCUAUAAGAUGUUCCAAGAAUAUCUUCUGUGGUCAGCAGUAGCUUCCUUUCCUAGCCUAUCAAUGAAGGGAAAGUCUCGUCGAAUUUGUCAUUCCCUUUUGUGAUUUGAGUGUGAGAGAUGGAAAGAGUGAGCAAGAAUGAGACUGUAGUGAAACUGAGAAUAUAAUUAACGGGCAGAGAAAAAGGGAAUAACCAAUUGAGCAGGAGAGUAGGAGGCUGGCAAGACAAGUGAAUGGUUAGGAAUACGAGAGUGAGACAGAGGUGGAGGUAUGGAGUGAAUGAGAAAGAGUGAGUGUAUGUGAAAGCAUGAGUUUAUAAAAGUGCAAGGAAUACUGACUGAGAUUGUGGUCAAUUAAAUUUUUGAUAGAGGCUAAGGAUAUAUAUAUAUAUAAAAGCCAUACAGGUUUGAUAGAGAUACUGGAUAAUAUAGUUGUUAAACUUGUCAUUCCAAAAUACUGUUUGCUUUUUUUCACGUAUUUUUAAACCUCUGUGCUGAUUUGAAUAUACUGCAGAGAAAAAGACUUCAGUGAACAGUACAAUGAUUAUGCAAUAAAAAGAUGAGAAAAGGUCGUCUUUUAUUAAAAUUUAAUCCUGCGAUUAUUAUAGAGAUUAUAAGUUUAAUGAAUCCCAGAGGGGUCUUUUCUUAUAAAUAUUUUAAUUUGGUAAUAGGAAAUAUGCAACAGUCACAAAGGGUCUUUUGAAGCAUUAUUUAUUCUGUUUAAGUUCGUAUCCUGAGUAGAGGAAAUUAAGUACUUGGAUGUUAAAUUCUGAUUGACACAAACAAUUAUUAUUAUAUUUGAUUUCUAUAAAAAAAUAAAAUGUCUGAGCCUUUGAAAUAUUUGAGCAAAACUGGAUAUUGAAAAUUAAAGUAACUAGAUGGCUAGAAAGUUGAGGCCCAGUGUUAGUGAUCUCCCCAAUCUUGGGCACAAGCUUUUCUUCUCCCACCCCCCAAUCCUUUGUUCAUUGUUUCCAUGGGGGCUUAGGAAGCGGAGACUGAGGCCCAAUGUAGGGAUCACCACUGCCUUGGGCCUCAUGCCAUGCCUCAGCUAAUUUUGCAGUCUCUUCUCUAUCUCCUUUUCCUUCUCUUCUUCAUCCCUUUUUUGUCCACUUAUCCAAAUCGUUAAAUCAUAUUUACCCUUUUCACCACAAUACUUAACCAUGAUACUGUGUAAACUUUGAUGCCUGAUAUAUUUGUUUUGACCACUGACCAUUCUGGAAGGACACAAACAUUGCCUUACUGAACUAAAAAACUUUAACUGGGGGCCUUGCCCCCAAGCCCUACCCUAUUACUAUGUUUUGUAUACACUUCUAAUGACCUUAAAUGUUGACAGCACAGAAAAUUUUCAAUAAAUAAAUACUCUUUU